UGUGGAAUGGUUUGGGACAAUGUGUUAUGUUGGGAUGAAUCUCCAGCAGGCGAACUGGUUAAACAGAGAUGUCCGAAUUAUAUUCAUGGAUUCAAUUCUAGGGAGUAUGCAUCUAAACAAUGUGGGGAAGACGGCGAGUGGUCAUAUAGUCCUAUAUUUAAUACUACAUGGACAAACUUUAGCUCAUGUGAUAAACAUUCGACAGAUCUAUCGUUUCACUUUGACCGACUGCGUCUGUUAUACUCAAUUGGUUAUGGUAUAUCACUAGCAUCUCUAAUAAUUGCUGUUUCUAUUAUGCUGUGCUGUAGUCGUCUAAAAUCAAAGAGCAACACACUGCAUUUAAACCUUUUCUUUGCCUUUAUGUUACGAGCUGCAUUGUCGUUUUUAAAAGAAGCCUUAUUUGUGAAUGGAGUUGGUUUUGAGAAAGAUAUAAGACAGGUCAAUGGUGAAUUGCAAUUUAUUGAGGAGGGUUCGCACUGGGAAUGUCGCUUGCUGGUAGCGUUGUUUAAUUAUAGUAUUUGUGUGAGUCAAAUGUGGAUAUUUACUGAGGGUCUAUAUCUUCAUAUGUUAAUUUAUAGAACGUUGUAUACAGACAGAAAGGGCGUCAAAUUUUAUAUUUAUCUUGGUUGGCUAUCGCCUCUGCUGUUUUUUCUACCUUGGGCCAUUGUUAAAGCUGUCAAUGACAACACAUAUUGUUGGAAUAUAAAUACCCAUGCCGGAUAUUUGUGGAUUAUGCACGGACCGUUAAUGGCUACAGUCGUUGUGAACUGUUUCUUCUUUCUGGAUAUUUUGCGUGUUUUAUGUACAAGAGUGAGAGCUAAUCAGAGACAUGCUGGGCGUACACAAUAUAGACGACUGGCUAAGUUUAUUUUAGUUUUAAUUCCACUGUUUGGUGUGAUGUACAUAAUAUUUUACGUGUCAUUCCCCAGCACUGGGUUUGAGAUGGAGGUUGACAUGACACAACUUUACAUUGAGAUGACCUACAACUCCUUUCAGGGUUUUAUUCUCUCCCUCUUAUUUUGUUUCUUGAAUGAAGAAGUU